UCAUCUUCAGCCGCAGCUUUCGCUACCGGUGGCACCAUCCCUUUCUCGGUGCAUCGCGCGUCGCCUGCACGAUAAGCGCAGGCUUCAGGAUUCUCGACUCCCUCGUCGCUGACUAGUGGCCGAAGGAAGCCGACUCGCCUUCGCGAAUCCUCUCUUCCUCCUCCUCCUCCUCCUCCUCUCCCUUUCUCGAUUUGAUUCAUAAUCUCUCUCUCCUUCUUCUCCUCUUCCUUUUUCGAAUUCCUCUUUCGAGUUCGUAGGGUUCUUGGAUCGAGUGGGAGCGGACCAGCGGAAGCGAAUCUUGCCCUCUGACGGUCCGUCGGAUUGAUUGGUUUGUUUUGAUGGGAGGAAGGGUCUUGGAAGUCUAGUUUCUAGGGAUCUUUUAGGGCGCCUGCGGCAUUAAAAUUCUAGGUCUCGCUUUCUUUAUUUUUUAAAUCUUUUUCUGUUGGGUUUUUUGGGCAUCUGGGAAUAGGAACUCGACUGUUUUGGGCUACGGAUUGUUAGAUUCUUGGUCAUCCUGCGGAAUUGUCAAGUCGGCUUCUUACGAAGUAGCAGUCUUUUUGAUCGCUGCAUGUGAAAAACAUUGGAAAUAGGAAAAAAAGCUGCUCCUUUUAUUGGAUUUUGCGAAUUUCAUUGGUUGAGAGUUGCAAUGUUCAAAUGAUUUAUUCAAGAUUUGGAUUAUACUCGGAGGCUAUGAGAGUUUAGGGCAGAAGAGAGGCAGCUUACCCGAUGAAGAUAACAGAGCAAUUCUCCUCGAGUCUCUUAUCUUACUCGCCACCCGUGUGGGCCACACUGAUUGCUGGUCUCUUUGUAGUCAUCUCACUGACGCUCUCCAUGUUUCUCCUAUUCAAUCACCUUUCAGCAUAUAAGAAUCCUGAGGAGCAGAAGUUUCUGAUUGGUGUCAUCCUAAUGGUCCCUUGCUAUGCUAUCGAGUCGUAUGUAUCAUUGGUGAAUCCAUCGAUUAGUGUUGAUUGUGAGAUCCUGCGUGAUUGUUACGAGGCCUUUGCCAUGUAUUGCUUCGGAAGAUAUCUAGUUGCUUGCCUGGGUGGAGAAGAGAGAACGGUUGAGUUUUUGGAGAGGCAGGGUGGUUCAUGUUCUUCUGCACCCCUAUUGGAAUUUGUUUCUGAAAAGGGAGUUAUAAAGCAUCCUUUUCCUAUGAAUUAUAUUCUAAGUCCAUGGAAACUUGGCAGAUGGUUUUAUCAGCUUAUUAAGAUUGGAAUUGUUCAAUAUAUGAUAAUAAAGACUGUCACUGCCAUUUUAGCAGUGGUUCUUGAAGCUUUCAACGUAUAUUGUGAAGGAGAGUUCAAACUGAAUUGCGGGUACCCUUACAUGGCUGUGGUUCUUAAUUUCAGCCAAUCAUGGGCAUUGUAUUGUUUAGUUCAAUUCUAUGCUGCGACGAAGGAUGAACUGGCUCAUAUAAAACCAUUGGCCAAAUUUCUGGUAUUCAAGUCAAUCGUCUUUUUGACUUGGUGGCAAGGUGUUGCAAUUGCACUGCUUUAUACCUGGGGUUUGUUCAAAAGCCCUAUAGCUCAAGCCUUACAAUUUAAGUCAAGUAUUCAGGACUUCAUUAUUUGUAUAGAGAUGGGCGUUGCUUCUAUUGUUCACAUCUACGUCUUCCCUGCUACACCAUAUGAACUAAUGGGUGAGCGCUUUCUGGGAAGCAUCUCAGUUCUUGGAGACUAUGCAUCUGUGGACUGCCCUUUGGACCCUGACGAGGUUAGGGACAGUGAACGACCUACAAAGCUUAGACUUCCUCAGCCUGAUGUUGAUAUCAAAAGUGGAACAGCUAUCAGAGAAAGCAUGCGUGAUGUUGUCCUUGGAGGAGGAGAAUAUAUUGUAAAUGAUUUGAAGUUCACAGUCACCCAUGCGGUGGAGCCCAUGGAGAAGGGUCUAACAAAAUUCAAUGAGAAGCUUCACAAGAUCUCUCAAAACAUAAAAAAGCAUGAAAAGGAGAGAAAGAGAGUCAAAGAUGAUAGUUGCAUCGGUUCAUCAUCACCAACCAGGAGAGUUAUUCGUGGAAUAGAUGACCCACUGUUGAACGGAACAGCUAGUGAUAGCGGGCCCUCCAGAGGAAGAAGACGUCAUAGGAAAUCAGGUUAUACCAGUGCAGAAAGUGGGGGAGAGAGUAGUGAUCAUGGAUAUGGUGGGUAUGAAAUUCGGGGGCGCAGGUGGGUUACAAAGGAAUGAGGGUCAGCCAUAGGAGUGAAUGCAGUCCUCUGCACAUACAAGGUGCUUGGUGGUCUAAGCAGAGUGGAUCAGCUUCAGCAGUUGCCGAGUUAUUCUGAUUCUCCAUCAUAAGCCUGCAAGUGAAGUUUCUUGGUCUUUGCAUAUCAGGCAAAUUUGUAUAUGCCUGGCAGCGAGUUUUGCAUGUAUACCUAAACUGGUUAGAACUAUGGUGGAGCAAAAAAGAAAUGGUCACAGCUCCAUCGGUUCUCUGUUUGCUGAAUUCAUUCAGAGAGAUCAAUAUCCUUGGGAGGGUUAUAUUUGAUUGGUUCAUGUAAUGAUGAGACAUAUCAAGCUUUUUUUAUCCUAGUGGCAAAUGUUGUAAGGGCAACGGAUGUUGUAAAGCUUCAAAUUCUGACAGUGGUUACAGACAUUGGGCGCCUGCAGUUUAUUGAGUUGUCAUAAUGAAAUCCCGCAAGUUUCCUU